CCGGACAUCUUCUUUCCGGGCAUCUGGUUGGCUCCUGAGUCGGUGGCAGAGCUUUCAAGACUCGCGGCUGAAAUAGUUGCUUAUUUCAACAGAAAAAGUUCUUUUUUGCAGGCUUUCUGCCUUAUUUUCUGAACGCCAUUCCACUUCCACUUUGAAGACGAACAUGACCGAAAAGCUGACUUUGGUCGCGUUGCUGUUGACAUUCGGUUCCCCCGCGGCGUCGGGCUCCAAGCAGCCGAACAUUGUGUUCAUCCUGGCGGAUGAUUUGGGCUGGUACGACGUCGGCUACCACGGCUCGGAGAUCAACACGCCCAAUCUGGACAAGCUUUCGGCCGCGGGGGUCCGCCUGGAGAACUACUACGUCCAGCCGCUUUGCACCCCGUCCAGGAACCAGCUCAUGACAGGACGCUACCAGAUCCACACGGGAAUGCAGCACCAGAUCAUCUGGCCGUGUCAGCCGUACUGCGUGCCGCUGAACGAGACGCUCCUGCCCGAGCUGUUGUCCGAAGCGGGCUAUGCCACACGCAUGGUGGGCAAGUGGCAUCUGGGCAUGUACAAGAAGGACUGCCUGCCCACGCGACGUGGCUUCCACUCCUACUUUGGUUAUCUAACGGGGAGCGAGGACUACUACACUCACGUCCGCUGUGACCGCAUCGCUGCCAUCAACCAGAGCCGCUGCGCUUUAGACCUGCGGGAGGACGAAGCGCCCGCUCCGGGAUACAAAGGCCAAUAUUCCACUGAGAUGUUCAGCCAGAGGGCCGUCCAGAUCAUCGCCAAACAUGACCCCAAAAAGCCUCUGUUCCUGUACGUCGCGCUACAGGCCGUCCAUUCGCCUCUGCAGGUGCCACAGCGCUACGUGGCGCCCUACGCCUUCAUCCAGGACCCGCAUCGCCGAGCCUACGCCGGCAUGGUGUCGGCCAUGGACGAGGCUGUGGGCAACAUCAGCUUGGCCUUGCGGCAGGCUGGACUUUGGGACAACACUGUCCUGGUCUUCUCCACAGAUAAUGGCGGCCUGCCGGAACAGGGCGCCAGCAACUGGCCGUUGCGAGGCCAGAAGUGGUCGCUGUGGGAGGGGGGAGUCCGCGGCGUGGGAUUUGUGUCCGGGCCGCUCCUGGAGCAGCCGGGCAGCACCAGCCGGGAGCUGCUUCACGUCUCCGAUUGGCUACCCACGCUGGUGGGACUGGCUGGGGGCCGCCUCAACGCCACCAAGCCUCUGGAUGGAUUUGACGUUUGGAACGCUAUCAGCAAAGGCUUCGCCUCGCCCAGACUGGAGCUCCUGCACAACAUUGACCCCAUGUACACCGACAUGGCCCCGUGUCCUGGCUUGAAGCGGGACGGCAAGGGAGUCUUCCUGUCCGGCUUCAACGUGUCCAUCCACGCCGCCAUCAGAUCCUCAAACUGGAAGCUGCUCACUGGAUACCCAGGUUGCGGCGUUUGGUUUCCGCGGCCCGGCCACAACGAUUCCUCGGCUUGGCGCUCCGAGCCCCUGAAGCCCGUGAUGCUGUUCGACUUGGACAAGGACCCCGAGGAAAGGAACGAGGUGUCGGCCAUUUACCCCGCCGUGGUCGAGCGCCUCCUAGGCCGGCUGAACCACCACCAGCAGACCGCCCUGCCCGUCAACUUUCCCGACGAGGACCCACGCUGUGACCCGGGCCCCACCGGAACUUGGGGACCCUGGGCCUAGAUGAUGAUGAGGAGGACUUCCUGAACAUUUUAAUGGGACAUGUAUGCAAUCUAAUGAGAGACGUUAUAGGAGCCGCAUUGUACCUUGAUGAACGUCGUGGCCUUCCAAACACUUUGGGGAAGAGAAGCUAUGGUGCUGAUGUCCUGAUUGAUUAUGUCUGCAACUUGCUUCGGAUUGCUUGUUGUUGAUCACUGUUGCUGUGCUGCUGUUCAUAGUGUUGAUACAUUUAUUUCAAAUGUAUUUAUUUAAUAUAUAUAUAUAUUUUUUUUUUUAAUCACUCAUGUUUUUGUCAUUAUUAUUAUUACUCAAUAAGUGCUUUUUUAAUUUUAAUUUGAUCGACUUCCUCUUAAAAUCAAAUCACGGCUGCUGGCA